AUGACUUCGAGCACCGACACACCACCAGUUGCCGAAGUAUGUCUAUCUACAAAGGCCUCCGACGCCGAGAAGUCCCAUGAAACCACUGUACAGAAAGCCACACAAAAUAAGGAUGGCUACGCCGCAGCAUCUCGUCUGGCGUUGAUCAUGACGGCAAUUCUCAUGGCCAUGUUCCUUGUUGCACUGGACCGUACGAUUAUUGCAUCCGCUGUUCCUAGAAUCGCAAAUCAGUUUCACUCCUUAAAUAAUAUUAGCUGGUACGCGGGCGCCUAUUUAAAUACCAGCGCUGCCACUUAG